CUCGGCCGGGAGCCAGCGGCGCGCUUUCCCUCGCCCCUUCUUUUUAUAACUUUUCUCUCUCCCCCCGCCCCUUCCCCUUCCCCGGAGAUCUGGUUCUCGCGCUUUCCCCUCCCCUGCUUCGGCUCUUCUGCUUUCCCCUUUUUUUGGCCGCGGGGCCGGGAGAGGAAUUCUUUUCAGAAACUUGCGGAAAAGGGGCGCUGGGGUAGAGCGGGUCGAGGGACGCGCCGCGCAUCCAGCGGGGGAAGCGAGACGGGCAAUGUGAGAUUCGGCGGCGCGCGCCCCUCCGGCGGCAGAGGACAGCGGCGUCCCGUCUGAGCGGGAGGGCGGCCCUCGCGCUUCCUCCCCCCCCCGCCUUUCGCCCGCCCGCCUUCCCUCCCUCCCUCCCUCCCUCCCCGAAGGGGCCAGCCCCGAGCAGACGGUCCUCCCCGAGGCUGGAAUUCAGGCGCGUCUUCCGGGGGGGCGAACGGCAGAAGGAACAAUUCGGCGCCGCAGGAACCAGGGGCGCGGGGGGGCCGGCAAGCCGCCGAAGAUGGAGACGGUGCCCCGCAGCGGCUUCCAGCCUCACCCGGGGCUGCAGAAGACCCUGGAGCAGUUCCACCUCAGCUCCAUGAGCUCGCUGGGCGGGCCGGCCGCCUUCUCGGCGCGCUGGGCGCAGGAGCUGUACAAGCGCGAGAGCGCCAAGGAGGCGGCGGCGGCGGCGGCGGCCUCGUCCGCCGCGGCCGUGCCCGCCGAGCCGCCGCUGCCGCCGCUGCCGCCCAUCCCGCCGCCGCCGAUGCCGGGCCCGUUCUUCAUGCCGUCGGACCGCUCCACGGAGCGCUGCGAGACCGUCCUGGAGGGCGAGACCAUCUCGUGCUUCGUGGUGGGCGGCGAGAAGCGGCUCUGCCUGCCCCAGAUCCUCAACUCGGUCCUGCGCGACUUCUCGCUGCAGCAGAUCAACGCCGUCUGCGACGAGCUGCACGUCUACUGCUCGCGCUGCACCGCCGACCAGCUGGAAAUCCUCAAAGUCAUGGGCAUCCUGCCCUUCUCGGCGCCCUCCUGCGGCCUCAUCACCAAGACCGACGCCGAGCGCCUCUGCAACGCCUUACUCUACGGGGGCGCCUUCCCGCCCGGCCGCUGCAAGAAGGAGCUGGCCGGCGGCGGCGGCGGCGGCGUGCUGGACCUCGAGCUGACCGAGCGCAGCUUCAAAGUCUACCACGAGUGCUUCGGCAAGUGUAAGGGCCUCCUGGUGCCCGAGCUGUACAGCAACCCCAGCGCCCCCUGCAUCCAGUGCCUCGACUGCCGGCUCAUGUACCCGCCGCACAAGUUUGUCAUCCAUUCGCACAAAGCCCUGGAGAACCGGACUUGCCACUGGGGCUUCGACUCUGCCAACUGGCGGGCAUACAUCCUCCUCAGCCAGGAUUAUGCCGGCAAGGAGGAGAAAGCCAGGCUGAGCCAGUGCCUGGACGAGAUGAAGGAGAAGUUUGACUACAGCCAUCGGUUCAAGAGGAAGGCGCCCAGGGUCCCAUCCGAUCCUCCUGUCCCCAAGAAACUCAAAGUGGAUGAUGCCCUGCAGUCUCCCCUCCUUGGCGAUAAAGAGAAACAGUCCAGCUGGUUACGAUCCUUGUCUAAUUCAUCAAAUAAGAACAUGGGCUGCCUCCACCCCAGGCAGCGUCUUUCUGCAUUCCGGCCCUGGUCCCCCGCUGUGUCAGCCGGCGAGAAGGAUCUCUCCAGUCACAUCCCUACACUGAUCCGAGACAGUUUCUAUUCGUACAAAACUUUUGAGAACGCCGUCGCACCCAACGUGGCACUGGCCCCCCCUCCUCAGCCAAAGAUUGUGAACAACCCGCUGUGCGCCCCGGCCGCGUUGCGGAGCAGCGAGCCCCUGGGCAGCCCUCCCCAGCUACGGAAAAGGAAACACGUCUCCGAGAACCCAGCCGUUCCCGAACCGACGCCCACCGAUGCCCCCGCGCCGGCCCCGGAAGACGACAAGGAAUCCGAACCAGAAAUAGAAGUGGAAACGCGGGAAGAAUUCACUUCCUCCCUUUCCUCGCUCUCCUCCCCGUCCUUCACCUCUUCGAGUUCAGCCAAGGACAUGAAUUCCCCCAGCCUGCAAGCCCAGCCUGCUGCCAGCGCCGUGUUUGAAGGGUCAAGUCACGCUGAGCCUCAGAGCGGCCCCAACGGGCUGGAAGCCGAGCUGGAGCAUCUGAGGCAGGCCUUGGAUGGUGGUCUGGACAGCAAAGAAGCCAAAGAGAAAUUCCUCCAUGAACUUGUGAAGAUGAGGGUGAAGCAGGAAGAGAAGCUCAACGCUGCCUUGCAGGCCAAACGCAGUCUCCACCAGGAGCUCGAGUUCCUCCGCGUGGCCAAGAAGGAGAAGCUGAGGGAGGCCACCGAAGCCAAGCGCAACCUGAGGAAGGAGAUCGAGCGCCUCCGAGCAGAGAACGAGAAGAAAAUGAAGGAGGCCAACGAGUCCCGGAUACGGCUCAAGCGGGAACUGGAGCAGGCCCGACAGGUCCGGGUGUGCGACAAGGGGUGCGAGGCCGGCCGUCUGCGGGCCAAAUACUCGGCCCAGAUCGAAGAUCUGCAGGUCAAGCUGCAGCACGCCGAGGCGGACCGAGAGCAGCUGCGUGCCGACCUGCUGCACGAGCGCGAAGCACGCGAGAACUUGGAGAAGGCGGUCAAGGAACUUCAGGACCAACUUUGGUCAAAGCAUAAUGGCCUGUCCGGCAGCGCACACGGCCCCAAAGACCCAGAGAACUGAGGGCCAGGCCGUAGACCGGCAGAACAACGCGCUCCAGCCCUGGGCCGGGCUGCCGAUGCGUGCGCAGUAAGCAAGAACGUGUGGGAAGAGGCGCUCCCCACCCCUGCAUGUGGCUAAACAUGGAUUUUGUUAUUAAGUGGAGGGCAAAUGUUACUCUUUAUAACAAAAGCACUGAAUUCUGCCUCUUUUUUAAUCCACAUAGCACAACAUUUUCCUGUGCCUAUAACGUGAAAAGUGUUUAUAAAUCUAAACUACUCUUUUGAGUCUGCAGCAAAAAAAAAAAAAAGAUUAAAAAAAUGUAUUUUUCUUUUCUACUGGGAAAACUUGUCCGGUCAGCAGCAUUCAUGGAAAUUAGGGACAAGUACUGAGGGCUGCUACAAGUGUGUGUGUGUGUGUGUGUGUGUGUAAACACACACACAUAUACACACACCCCAAGCCCUUUUGUGAUAAGCUAUUUCAAAAUGCAAACAAUUUAGUCAAGACGACGUAUUAAAACCAUUGACAAGAUUUUUUUAAAAUAAAAAAUAAAAUAUAUUAUAUAUAAAGGGGGGGGAUACUUUUGAUGCCUAACGUGUAAAUUGGUACAGGUGAUGGAAAGUGUUGCAGGAAAGAAAAUAGCCAUGAAUGAUUUCCAAUCAUGUGAUUUUUAUGCGAAUUUCAAAUUUAGGAUUCUUUUCCCCACCCUUCUCCAGGUUUAAGCGUCUUUGUUUGUUUUUUUCCUAUGUUUGAUCAUAGAAAAAGAGAAAGUCAGUGGGGGGGAAAAGGAUGUUUGUACGUUUAGGAAUAGACCUCUGUCCUAAAUAAACCCAGCCUUAUGAAACUCAGUGUUGGUUCAUCGCAAACACAUCUUUCAGAGACUCACUUCUACUCCAGAGCACUUCCAGCUUUAGCAAACAAAACUGAAAAUGUAAAAAGAAGAGAAAGAGAAAGAACAAGUUGAACCUGAGAGGAACAGCUGGAUCGCCCGGUUGCUUGUGAACAAGCAGCAGGGAAGAGUGAGUGGCGCGUGUGUGUUGGGGAACCCGCCUUCCGUUUUGCUCAGCGAAUUCAUUCCAGUUGGAUCGACGCCUCCGAAGUUGCCGUGUUUGACGGACUCCUUACCUGCCACCGCCCCGCGUGAGAGUUUGGUGCCCUGCGAAGUAGACUCGCCGUUCUGUUAAAGAGACAAAAGACUUUUGCUGCUGUGAAUAAGCCGACUUUUGUUUAUUCUUUAGGGAUCUUUUUGGUCACGGGGUGGUUUUGUUCAUUUUUUUUUAAUGUGACAAAUACUUUAAUAUUGGGAUCGAUGGCGCCGCAUCCCCCCUCCCCAGCAGCAGACAUACAAGUGUGCAGCGAGUGACAUGCUCAAGGGGUGUUUUGCUCCUACCUGAUCAGAACCCCCAUCUUAAGACCCCCCCCCCCGGAUUUUCUUCUUGGGGAGAACACAAAGCCCCCUGUCUGCUCCUCUGGCCCCUCUUCUACCAUCUCAGAGAGAGAGACAUCCACCAAGCGCCUACUGUAAGUUUGCGAUGCCUCGGCAGCCAUUGGGGUACAAGGAACACGUGUAGCUUGGCCGUCCAGGGGAUUGGGGCCUGUCUUGGCUGCCAUAUGACAACAUUGUCACAGCUAGAAGUGCAGAGGUGAUGGGUGCGGGGCGCUCUGGCAGCCAAGAGGCUCAUGAUUACGUGAAAGGUUGGUGGCUCUAAUGUAGGAAAUGGGGACGCGAGGCCUGGAAAAACGCCGAAGCCAGCCGUUGACCAUCGCUUGUUCUCAAAGGCCCGAGACGCUGAGCCAUUUCCCCCCGUUUACCAGCCUGCUCAGUUCUGAGGAGUGAUAGCUGUUUUGAAAGGACCAGUCUCUACCAGGAUGA